CGCAUUUAAAGGUGGAAAAACAAAGUGAAAAGGAGAGACAUAAAAGAAAGAAUUUAGACAUCGUUAACGGUGAGAGGUUGCUCGCCCUUAAUUGUUCAAUUUCAAGUGAUUAAAGCUACAACGAAUUGCAAUUGAAGGUAUCACUCCUCGUAUGCCGAAAACGGUAAUGGAAAUCUAUUCCCUAGAUUCAUUUCUAGUAAUCUCUUAGUAAUCUCGAGGUAAGAUGUGUUACUUCAAUUAUUUCUUUGUUUGUUUGUUUUUUUGGAAAAGAAGUUGCCUUGUUCUUGGAAAUCUAUUUCUCUGUCUCUGUUUAGCUUAUGUCCCUUUUAUUUCUUUUUAUUUUACUGAGUUCCGUAAGGUCUCUGCACUACCUGCUUAAGCCUUUUUUUUUUUUUUUAAAUUAUCCAGUGUGACCAUCCAAAAGGCAUGCACUAGCUUGAUUGUGUGGUGCACAUUGAAACUCUGAUUUGGCUUGUAUGCCUUUUCACUUGAACAUGCAGCUUUUAUUAGCACCUGGGGGAAUUGUUGGAGGUGGAAUCUGCUUUCGAUGUGACAUUUUCCGUUUAGAUGAUCAAUUCUUCUGGCAAGCAAGGAGGUUCCAUCAGUUCUUUAGCAAACCAGUCGACUCUUCAAAAAAAAUAAACUGGGUUGUAAUGGAGAAGAUUAGUCAUGCUUGCUUGGAGGCUUCUCAAGACCCUGUUAAAGCAUCCAAAUUCUUUUUUGUUCCUGAAAAACUAGGAGAUAUAUUCUUAGUCUUGAUAAGAAUUGGCAUACUUGUCUGCCUCAUUGCAUCUGUUUCACUUGCUGUUCACUCGUCAUUUUCUAGACCGGCUGGGUGGUUCCCAUUACCAGACCAUUUACAUGCCUUCCAGAAUUCUUCAGACAUGGAUAGGAGACCCACUAAUGUCUCAAAUAUUUUAUUUGGCAUUGGUGGUUCGGCAAAGACAUGGCAUAGCCGCAGCUGUUACAGUAAUCUUUGGUGGAAUCCAAACACCUCUAGAGGUUUUGUGUGGCUUGACGAGAAUCCUGGAUUUGAUUAUUUGCAUCCAAAAGUGUUAAUCCCACAUCAAAUCUCUAAGGACUGGUCUCGAUUCAAGUACUUGCACUCACAGUCUGCAGUUCGGAUAGCUCGGAUAGUUUAUGAAAGCUUUAAACUUGGAUUGCCAAAUGUGAGGUGGUUUGUAAUGGGAGAUGACGAUACAGUGUUUUUCACAGAGAACUUAGUUACAGUGUUAGGAAAAUAUGAUCAUAAUCAAAUGUAUUAUAUUGGUGGAAAUUCUGAGAGUGUGGAACAAGAUGUGAUGCAUGCUUAUGACAUGGCUUUUGGCGGCGGCGGACUUGCAGUUAGUUAUGCAUUAGCAGCUCAACUAGCCAAAAUAUUAGAUGGUUGUCUCAACAGAUACUACUAUUUCUAUGGUUCUGAUCAAAGGAUCUGGGCUUGUGUGAGCGAAAUUGGCGUGCCUCUUACAAAAGAAAGUGGGUUCCAUCAGCUUGACAUAAGAGGGGAUCCAUAUGGUGUUUUAGCAGCACACCCGGUGGCACCACUAGUGUCUCUCCACCAUCUUGACUCCUUAAGUCCAUUGUUUCCCAACCAGACUCGGAGAGAUUCCUUGGACAGCCUCAUUCGGGCAUACCGCGUCGACCCGGCUCGGAUACUACAGCAAAGUUUUUGCUAUGAUCAUAAAAGGAAAUGGUCAAUAUCCAUCUCGUGGGGUUACACAGUUCAAAUUUACCCAACAAUGUUGACGGCUAAGGAUUUGCAGACACCAUUGCAGACAUUUCGGACAUGGCGAAGUUGGAGCGAUGGUCCCUUCACUUUCAACACUCGGCCUAUGAGCUCUGACCCAUGCCAAGAGCCAGUCAGAUAUUUCCUGGAUCAGAUUGAAGAGGUUGGUAGCAGUGGGAGUUUCACUAGCUACAAGAGAUCUGCAGACAAGGAUCGCAAAUGCUUGAAACCAAACACAGUUAAUGUGGAAGUUCAGAUAAUCAGAGUUUCUGCCUUGAAGCUGGACCCGGAAUAUUGGAAGACAGGCUCCGAGAAGGCAGUGCUGUCAAAUUAUGGAUGGGGGAAGCACCAGGGAUGACGGUAUGAGGAUCAGGAUAAGGAAGUGUAGACCUCGAGAGAUAAUUACUUUUUAAGGAUCCUCUGCUUUUUUCUGGGAGGUAUAGUAAUAAGUAAAUUAUUGUUACUCGGUCUUGUACGUCUGCCCACCGACAUUUUCUUCUAUGUAAUUACUAAAUACGUACUAAAUCCUCAAAAUAAUUAUGGCGUCUGCUCUGCUUGGUAAAAUACUUUGAACGAUUAUCACUCCAGAAA